GGGCCACACGAGUGCACGCCGCCGAUGCACUCAAAAAGACAGCGGUUCUUGACAAUUAUUGGGAAUCAGCAUUCUGCAAAUAGUAGAAUGCUUCCAGUGUAAAAACAAAAUCUUAGGAUUUUUUUUUAAAUAUGUAGAGAUACUAAAGCAAAAAAGGUAACUAUUUGUUAUAUUUUUUGUAUUGCAUCCAUUGGUUGCAAGCAGCAUUGCAGUUUGAAGGAUUAACGGGGGUGGGGCACCUGAUGUGCGAGGCUCUUGCACGGUGGGUUUUGUUACAUUCCGUUUCGCCCAGUCCCCAACAGCUUCACAGGAAAGGUACGCAAAGAUAGCGAGAAGGAUGCGUUUAAAAACUCAGAUAAUCAGCACCAUGGAACCUCAGGUGUCAAAUGGCCCUACAUCCAACACUCCCAAUGGUCCAUCAAGCAACAGUAGGAACUGCUCAUCACCGAUGCAGACAGGGGCUCCAACAGAUGACAGCAAAACCAACCUCAUAGUCAACUAUCUUCCACAAAAUAUGACACAAGAAGAAUUCAGAAGUUUGUUUGGGAGCAUUGGUGAAAUUGAAUCAUGCAAACUUGUUCGAGAUAAAAUAACAGGGCAAAGUUUGGGAUAUGGUUUCGUGAAUUAUGUCGAUCCAAAGGAUGCAGAAAAAGCAAUUAAUACUUUAAAUGGACUUAGACUUCAGACCAAAACCAUAAAGGUUUCUUAUGCUCGUCCAAGCUCUGCAUCAAUCCGUGAUGCUAAUUUGUAUGUUAGUGGCCUUCCUAAAUCUAUGACUCAAAAAGAAUUAGAGCAGAUGUUUUCACAAUAUGGCCGAAUCAUCACUUCCAGAAUUUUAGUUGACCAAGUCACUGGUGUUUCAAGAGGAGUUGGAUUUAUUCGUUUUGACAAAAGGAUAGAAGCAGAGGAAGCAAUCAAGGGACUGAAUGGGCAGAAACCUUCCAGUGCUACAGAACCAAUUACUGUGAAAUUUGCCAAUAAUCCCAGCCAGAAAACAAGCCAAGCAUUACUUUCACAGCUGUAUCAAUCACCCAGCAGACGUUAUCCUGGGCCACUUCAUCACCAAGCUCAGAGGUUCAGGCUGGACAAUUUGCUUAAUAUGGCCUAUGGUGUAAAGAGAUUCUCACCCAUCACAAUUGAUGGCAUGACCAGUCUCGUUGGAAUGAAUAUUCCUGGACAUACUGGAACAGGUUGGUGUAUCUUCGUCUACAACCUCUCUCCUGAUUCAGAUGAAAGUGUUCUCUGGCAGCUUUUUGGACCAUUUGGAGCCGUCAACAACGUCAAGGUCAUUCGUGAUUUUAACACAAACAAGUGCAAGGGAUUUGGGUUUGUCACCAUGACAAACUAUGAUGAGGCAGCCAUGGCAAUUGCAAGCUUGAAUGGAUAUCGCUUGGGUGAUAGAGUUCUGCAAGUAUCAUUUAAAACCAACAAAACCCACAAAUCUUGAAGUACCAAUUUAGUGUUAAAUUCAAGAACAAAUGGAACUUUAAAAGGCUUAUAUUGAAGAUGGACUUCAUAAGCCAUUGUUGCCUGAGUAUUAACAUAAAAUAUUCUGUGAUGAAGCAGGAAAUGAUUUUAUAAUGCUAGAAAACUUUGAUGCAUUGAAUGUUCUUUCAUAGCUCUUGUUCAAAUUAUACAUAGAUAACGUGUGCAGGAAUUUUUACCCAGCCUGCUACUUUUCCCGCCUUUGGUGGACCUUUUUAAGUCACCCAUUCUCAAUUUAAAAAGAUGAAGAAAAAUUGACAUUUUUACAAAAAAUAAAUUUCAAAAAGAAUACAUCAAAAUUGAUUAACUAUAACAGCACCCCUUCCACCCCAUAUUUCAAAAAAACGGAUCUGCUGAUGCGCUUUUGCAGAUGUUUUAGUUAUUCCCUUUUCUUUGUAUCAUGUAAACAUCAAAUAUUACCUGGUUGGAAAGGGGGAUACCUGAUGACAUAAUUUAAACAAUGUUGCCAAAGAGUUGGUCUCUUUGCUGAAAAUGGGUUUCAAAAGAUCUAUUUUUAUAUUUAAAAAAGGGAUUUUUACAGGAUCUGGAUUUGAAAAUGAAUAUUUUGACUGACUUAUACAGGGGAAAAGGACAAUUUUGUCACAUUCUGUGCUGAUACUUUUGAGGAUCAAGAUGUAUGUUUAAAUUUGGACUGUAGAUUGUUUUUCUGAACGAUGGGGAAAAAAACAUGAUGUUCAUAUCUUUCAUAACAAAAUAGCAGGGAGUGAUCUCCCCAGGCACACAGUUCCCCCACAGUCAAAACCCAAAAGCAAGGAGAUUAGUCGCUAAACGUUUUUUUUAAGUCAUCAGUAACAGUUAGGCAAUGCCAUAAAAUUGCUGAUUUUUUUUUUUCCUAAAAUAAAUGCCAAAACUUCCUUGAAGCAGUAGCUAGGUGCUAAUGAGAUUACAUAUCUUAACUCCAAAUAAAAAUACGAGCAUUUCUUGUUUUAUUCACACUGAUGUUAAUUGUUUAUGUUGAAUUUGUUGAUGACUUGAUUACAUUUCAGCCUUUAAUAUUCCAUUUUGGCAAACAGCAUAUCAUUGGCAUUUGUUUCACUUUAUCGGUUAUUUAAUUUGUUGCUGAUCUGAUGCAUAUUGCCAAACCAAAUUUUGCUAGUUAGUUGUUUUAUCCAAUAGAAAGAUGCUUCUUACAUUUGUGUCUAUUUCUUAAAGAUUGAUUUUAUUUUAUUUCUAAGUUGUAAGAAUUUGAUUGUUUUGUUACAAUGGCAAAAUGGUUCCAAAUGAUACUGUGAACUGAAGUAUCUAAAUAUUUACUAGUGCAGAAAUACAAAAUAUUGUUUAAUAUAUUGUCAUGUUGGUUGUGAAUAUUUUUCUUAAUAUUAGGGAUGGACAAAUUGCUUUUAUUUUCCAUUAUGCGGAGAGCUAAGGGAACAAAAUGGCUGAGGGAGUCCGCUCCUUUGUCCAGUGCACUGAUAAUUUUAGUAUGUUGUGCUUGUAAGAGUCAAAAGGUCAUGCUCUUCCCUGUAUACUAGAACAGUAACUCGCUAUGCAUAAUAUAGUCGAUAGUUAAAUUUGCUAUUGCUUUUGUCUUGUUAAUAAACUUUUCAAUAAAGUUGUCUUAUUAGUAUCGUUGUUAUGGUUAAUGUGCUUAUUUUGUGCAUUUUUCAAUGCUAAACCCACUAAUUGCAUGUAGAGGAAAUACUUUUACAUUGAAGAUGGAUUUACAAAGAGCAAGUGUGCAAGCAUAUAAUGUAUUACUUUAAAAAUGCUGAACUAAAAUUUUGACAGAACCCUCAAACGGUUUUCAGGGAUUAUAUAUUACCAUCUGCUGUGAAUGAGUUGAAUUGCUGGGAGAGUUUGCAGUAUUUACUAAGCAUUAGUGGGGAAGGCAUGUAAAAUUUUCUCUACAAUGUGUUUGUUUAAUUAAAAUAUUUCUAGGACCAGGCAGUAAAAUUUCACAAAUUAUGAAUGACUUAUUGUUAGCAUAGCUAAUUUAGAUUAUUUCUGAAUACAGCUGUAAAUGUUUUUUCAUAAAACUGUUGUGUUGAAUUAUUUGUACUUUUAAUGUCAAACAAUAAACUGACGUGUGCAGAG